GGCCGUCAGUGGUUUUCUGCUUGUUGUCGGAGUUGAUAUUGUGCCGGGAUUUCACAAGAAUUGUUAAAAGUGGGGGAAGCUCAAUUUUCAGAAUUAUUUUUAUUAGUGGAAGUGAAAUUUAUAAUACUAGGAAAUAUACAAAGAGAGAUAUGCAUCAAUUACCACGAUUAACGAGGGCGAUGCGAGCCAAUACAGAUCUGGAACCCAGAAGGAACCUAACCAUGACGAACGAGGAGAAAAUCAACCUGCAACUGUGGAGGGCAAAAGAAUUAAGAAGGGGAGUAUCAUGGAAAGAGCUGAAAACUUUCAUUAUGAAUAAUAGCGACAAAGACGCUGCCGAAACACUCUCCAAGCACCUGCAGUCCCUCUGGAAUCUCACACGAGAGAUGAUUGGCUCCGAAGAGAAUGCAAAUUUAAUCGAUGAAGCUGCGAUUUAUAUUCUCCGAUUAUUUCUCGACGUUCGGGUUGUUAUGAUGAAACAUCUAUCUGAGCUGAAAUCCAUGUUCGGUACUGUGAUAUCGCAAACAGCAAACAAAAUGUGUUCUGUUGUAUGUGAAAUUAGUCCACUCCUAAAUGAAGAGUGCCGUGAAUACUUGCAAAAAGUUUCAGAGAAAAAAGAUGAUGAGAAGCCUAAAUACUGGGGUGAAAAUAUCCAUUGUAAUAUGCCUGACAUAGGUGAAUCUGAUACAGGACUUCUUCAAGACUUGUCUCCAGAUUUGUCCACUCAGUCCAAGUCCGCUUUAACCUUUUCGAUGAAAUACGAUGCUCCAAAAGAAACAUCAACCUCUAAAGUGAAGCAGGAGAGCAGCUACACGCGAUCAUGGUUUGAUAAGCGUGUAAACCCAGAUCUCGUGAACGGCCUAAUUGAGUUCUUGAAAUCAAAGAAAAGUAAUGACGAGUUACAAAAUGAUCUAUUCGAGCUUCUCGGUUUCGAUCAAUUUGAAAUGAUACAAGAACUGCUGAAAAGUCGUAAAGAAGCUGUCGAAAAGUUUGAAGCAAGCGAGAAGCGAAAUCAAUUAAAGAGCAAACGUUUGGAGAAUAAAUCUAGAGAUAACAAAGCACAACAGCAGGGACCUCAUAUUGCAACGGUUGUGGUGCAGUCUGAACAAGAAAAGUAUCUUAUGAAGCAGGUUCGGAAGGAUGAGAAGAAACUGCAGCGUAUGAUCAACACCGCUAAUAAAGAACAGGACGACUCUGAUGAAGAAGUGAUAAACCCAUUGAAGCUUCGGUGCCAACAAAAACAACAUUUAUUGCAGACCGCUCAACGCCAGCCUGUAUUCAAAGAUCAAUCUCUAAAACUUCUCGCUCCCCCUCCUCGGGUCAAAUAUCCAUUCGUUUUUGACUCGCAAAGUGAAGCUAAGACCCACGUAGGUUUCAUUGCUGGCUCAAAGCUUUUUCUUCCCGAUAAUGUGGAGAGAGUAGACUGUAAAAUGUACGAAGAAGUGAAAAUCCCGGCAAGCGAACCACCAGCUCUUUCCAUUGGCAACAAUCGAAUUCAGAUCAGUUCUCUGGACGAUAUAGGACAGAUUGUGUUCCAGGGUACAAAGGAGUUGAAUCGAAUCCAGUCCGUUGUUUAUCCGGCGGCUUAUCAUAGUAAUGAGAACUUGCUGGUGUGCGCUCCGACAGGAGCAGGAAAAACGAACGUGGCCAUGAUGACAAUAACAAAUGCGAUACGAUCUCAUGCAGACGGUGGUGUUAUCCAUCGUGAUCAAUUCAAAAUCGUCUAUGUCGCACCGAUGAAAGCUUUAGCGGCUGAGAUGGUGGAAAACUUUUCCAAGCGGUUGAAACCGUUGGAUAUCAUUGUCCGGGAAUUGACUGGUGACAUGCAAUUGACAAAAACGGAAAUGCAGCAGACGCAAAUUCUAGUUACAACACCGGAAAAGUGGGAUGUUGUGACGCGAAAAGGAGCAGGAGACGUAGCGUUAAUUAGUUUAGUAAAGCUAUUGAUUAUUGACGAAGUACAUUUGCUUCAUGGUGAGCGAGGUCCUGUCGUUGAAGCUUUGGUCGCUAGAACGUUGCGUCUUGUGGAGUCUUCCCAAAGCAUGAUACGAAUUGUUGGUUUGUCUGCUACUUUACCGAAUUAUAUUGAUGUCGCCCGGUUUCUACGAGUAAAUCCAAUGCGUGGUCUUUUCUUCUUCGAUUCGCGUUUCCGACCCGUCCCGCUUAGCACCAAUUUCAUUGGGGUGAAAGCCUUAAAAGUACUUCAAGCUCAAACCGAUAUGGAUACUAUUUGCUACGAUAAGUGUGCUGAAAUGUUAAAACAGGGACAUCAGGUGAUGGUGUUCGUCCAUGCCAGAAACGCUACAGUUCGAACAGCUACAGUUCUUCGAGAACUGGCUCAGCAAAAAGGACAGACAGCAUUAUUUAAACCCGAUGAGUCAACGAGUUACGGUAUGGCGGAGAAAGCGAUAUCAAAGAGUCGGAACAAGCAGCUAGUGGAACUUUUCCAAAGUGGUUUAGCUAUGCAUCACGCAGGAAUGCUGCGUUCGGAUCGGAACAUGGUUGAGAAGUAUUUUGCAGAGGGGCACAUCAAGGUUCUUUGUUGCACUGCGACUUUGGCUUGGGGUGUCAAUUUGCCCGCGCAUGCGGUCAUUAUCAAAGGGACAGAAAUUUAUGAUUCAAAACAUGGUACCUUUGUUGAUUUGGGAAUUCUUGAUGUGUUGCAAAUUUUUGGUCGUGCGGGUCGUCCACAGUUCGAUAAAAGUGGCGUUGGGACCAUCAUAACAAAUCACGAUAAGUUAAAUCACUAUCUAUCGCUGCUCACAAACCAGUUCCCGAUUGAAUCAAACUUUAUUCAGUGCCUGGUUGACAACUUGAACGCUGAAAUAGCUCUGGGUACUAUCUGCAACGUAGAUGAAGCUAUUGAGUGGCUGAGUUAUACGUACUUGUUUGUGAGGAUGCGCAUUAAUCCACAAGUGUACGGUCUGAACUAUAUCGACGUGCAACGAGAUCCGUCGUUGGAAAUGAAACGGCGCGAACUGAUCACUACGGCGGCCAUGAACUUGGAUAAAACAAAGAUGAUUCGCUACAAUUCUCGGACAGGAGACUUAAACAUAACCGACCUGGGACGCACAGCUUCUCAUUUCUACAUAAAAUACGACACCGUUGAAGUAUUCAAUGAACUGUUACGCGCUUUCAUGAAUGAAGGGGAAAUCCUGGCGAUGAUGUCACAAGCACAAGAAUUCCAACAGCUUAAGGUACGUGACGAGGAAUUGGAUGAAUUGGACGAUUUACAGAGGAAUUACUGUGAAGUGGUUGCGCAGGGAGGAAGUGAAAAUGUUCACGGUAAAGUCAACAUUCUUAUGCAAACAUAUCUGUCACGAGGAUUUGUGAAGUCAUUUUCUUUAGUGUCUGAUUUGUCGUAUAUCACACAAAAUGCAGUUCGGAUCGCUAGAGCCCUAUUCACAAUAGUCCUACGUCAGAACAACGCUAUUUUAGCCGGUCGGAUGCUUAUGAUUAGUAAAAUGUUUGAAAAACAAGCGUGGGACUUCCAAACGCCUUUACGACAAUUCACUUGCCUUGGGCACGAAAUCAUAGAAAAAAUUGAGAAUCGGGGACUGAGUGUCUACACUUUGCGAGAAAUGGAAGUCAAGGAAAUCGGGGACAUGCUGCGGAAUCAGAAGUAUGGCCAAAUUGUUUCAAAAUGCGCUGAAGAGUUCCCAUUUUUGGAUAUUGAGGCAACUCUUCAACCUAUUACCCGAACUGUUUUGAGGAUUCGAGUUUUCAUCACCGCAAACUUCAAAUGGAACGAUCGGGUUCAUGGAAAACAUGCAGAAUCAUUUUGGCUGUGGAUAGAAGAUCCAGAAAGUAAUUUUAUCUACCAUUCGGAGUUUUUCCAAUUAACCAAAAAGCAAGCGUAUAGUAAAGAGCCGCAGGAGCUUGUGAUGACGAUACCUUUGAAGGACCCUUUGCCACCACAGUAUUACAUCAGAGCAACUAGUGACACUUGGCUCGGUAGUACCACGUGGAUUCCUCUAAGCUUCAAGCACUUGAUUUUACCUGAAAUACAUCCUCCUCAUACCGAGCUGCUUCCAAUCGAACCUCUUCCUGUAUCAGUUUUAAAUAACAAACUUUACGAAUCGCUCUAUCCUUUUACACACUUCAAUCCGAUACAAACACAGAUAUUUCAUUGUUUGUUCCAUACGGACAACAAUGUUUUGUUGGGUGCUCCAACAGGUUCGGGAAAAACUAUUGCUGCGGAAAUUGCCAUGUUUAGAGUAUUUGAUAAUUAUCCAAAGGCAAAGGUUGUGUAUAUUGCUCCUCUGAAAGCUUUGGUCCGUGAAAGAAUUGAUGAUUGGAAGGUGAGAAUUGAAGAAAAAUUGAGGAGAAAAGUUGUGGAAUUGACGGGAGACGUUACGCCCGAUGUUCGAGCCAUUCGGGAGAGUCAAGUAAUCGUGACGACUCCAGAAAAAUGGGAUGGUAUCAGUAGAUCAUGGCAAACUAGAGAUUACGUUAGAGAUGUCGCCCUGAUUGUCCUCGAUGAAAUUCAUUUACUCGGCGAAGAUCGUGGUCCUGUGUUGGAAGUGAUAGUUUCCAGAACAAAUUUUAUAGCUUCGCAUACGCAGCGAACUUUAAGGAUUAUAGGAUUAUCAACUGCGCUUGCCAAUGCAAGAGACUUAGCAAAUUGGUUAGGAAUAAAAGAAAUGGGAUUGUACAACUUUAAGCCAUCGGUACGUCCAGUUCCCUUAAGUGUACAUAUAAGUGGAUUUCCGGGCAAACACUACUGUCCUCGGAUGGCAACUAUGAAUCGACCAUCAUUCCAAGCUAUUCGCCAAUAUUCUCCGUGCACGCCUGCACUGAUUUUCGUGUCAUCCAGACGGCAAACACGUCUCACUGCUCUCGAUCUUAUAGCCUUCCUUGCCGCUGAAGACAAUCCCAAACAAUUUCUACACAUACCUGACGAUGAAAUGGACCAAAUUAUAACAAAUAUAAAAGAUGCGAAUUUAAAACUGACACUAGCUUUUGGAAUCGGCAUGCAUCAUGCUGGCUUGACCGAACGUGAUCGAAAGACCUGCGAGGAGUUGUUUUUGAAUCGAAAAAUCCAAGUCCUUGUAGCUACGGCAACUUUAGCUUGGGGAGUCAAUCUUCCGGCGCAUUUGGUUAUAAUCAAAGGGACUGAAUAUUACGAUGGAAAAUUAAAACGCUACGUGGAUAUGCCUAUUACAGAUGUUCUCCAGAUGAUGGGUCGAGCGGGCCGGCCCCAAUUCGGAAAUGAAGGUGUUGCGGUCGUACUUGUACAUGACGUGAAAAAGAAUUUCUACAAAAAGUUCCUUUACGAUCCAUUCCCGGUUGAAUCGAGUUUACUAGAAGUACUUCCAGACCACAUAAACGCGGAAAUAGUCGCGGGAACAGUCCAAACUAAACAAAGCAUACUGGACUACUUCACUUGGACUUAUUUCUUCCGGCGUUUGUUGAGAAAUCCAAGCUAUUAUAACUUAGAGACAAUUGAGCCUGAAAAUUUAAACGAAUAUCUUUCCACGCUUGUAGAGAAUGUCUUGAAUAUCCUAGAAGAUUCUGGUUGCGUUUACACUGAAGACAGAUAUGUUUACCCCACUUCGAUGGGAAGGAUUUCAUCGUAUUACUAUUUGUCCCAUCAGACGAUGAGACAUUUUGCGGAUUCAUUGCGUUUUGAUAUGAAAUACGAAGAGGUUCUGAGAGUGAUGUGUGAUUCCUAUGAAUUCAAUCAGCAGCCAGUUCGCCACAACGAGGAUUCAUAUAAUGCAGACCUAGCGAAGCUGUGCCGAUUCAAAGUAGAUCCAUUAACACACGAUUCACCGCACACGAAAACGUUCCUUCUAAUGCAAGCGCAUUUCUCCCAUCUGCCAUUACCGAAUUCAGAUUUCUUGACUGAUACGAAAUCUGUUUUGGAUCAAUCAAUUCGAGUAUUACAAGCAAUGAUUGAUGUGGUUGCGGAACGGGGAUGGCUUGCGACAACAUUGCGGAUACAGCAGAUCAUGCAAAGCAUAAUCCAAGCUCGGUGGUAUGAUGAUCCUGUUGUAUUGACUUUACCGCACGUUGAGCACUACAAUUACACUGUAUUCAAUAAAAUCCAACACAAUUACCCUGUAUUCACCCUGCCUGGGCUCAAAGAGCUAUGCAUUAAAAAUUACGAAGUUUUGGCUGGUCCAUUACGGGAAGAGUUUUCGGAGCCUGAAAUUGAACAAAUAUAUCAGGUUAUUUGUGAUAUGCCAACGAUAAAUGUACAAAUUUCCAUUUGCGGACCGUAUCGAAAUGAAGGAACCAUUGAUCGACCAGUGUUGCAACCAGUUACACGCGAUCAAUGGAUGGAGAUUCAUGCUGAGCAGGAGUACACCGUCAGCGUUUUCUUGCAUCGCCUAGGAAUCAAACGAAAUGACAAAAUCCACUGUCCGAAAUUUCCUAAAGGGAAAGACGAAGGUUGGUUCCUCACUUUAGGUUCGCAAUCUGAUGGCGAAUUGCUUGCGUUGAAACGAAUUGCUUAUCGGAGCAAUAAGAGUUCGCAUCAAAUAUUAUUUAACGCACCGAGGAAGCUGGGUCGUGUGAUCUAUACCUUGUAUCUGAUAUCGGAUGGUUACAUUGGUUUUGAUCAACAGUACGAUAUCCAAUUUGAUGUCAUCGAACCUCUGUCACAGGAAAACAUCGAAGCUGGUGAUGAUUAUAUACACAGUAUCAUUGCUGAAGGCAAAAAGUUGUAGGGAGUGAGUGUAUGAGAAAAAGAGCUAUUUAUUGGUAAAUAUUAUUGCAAUUUUGUUAAUUUUGUAUGUUGGAAUAUAUAGAUUUCAU